UUAUACCCGGCUACAUAAUUCAAAUAUUAAUUUGGUGAAAAAAGCAAAAGCUUCCACCUUUGCACUUUUUCCCUCCUACCCCAUAUUGAACUAUUCUUUCCACAUUCAUAUACUAUCUAAUUCUUAUAAAAGACUUAUCAACGUUUACCAUUCAAACAUUUUCCCAACAACUCUUCUUAAUUUUCUCAAUUCCCCUCCCCCUUUCCCCACUAUGGGUUCUUGCAUUAGUAAAUGCAACCCCCGAAAAGAUCCCCAAGAAGAUGAUGAUCACCCUGAAUGUGUUAAAGAUAAACUUGUGAUUUCACAAGCUCCGAUAUCUCCAAAAAUUCUUCUUCAUUCUUUUCCUUCUUCAACUAUCCAACAACCUCGAAAACUCAUCUCUUCUUCUCCUUCUUCGUCCUCUUCUUCUUGUUCGGUAUCUCUUUCAUCGUUUUCCUCUACAGCAACUAACGUUACAUUAUCUUCAUCUUUGUCGUCAUCAUCUUCCUCUUCUUCAUUAGCUUGUUUCAAGGAUCGUUCUUUCUCGAACGAUUUCUUGUUGUCUUGUGCACAAGAACACGACCAUAUACUUGACAUCAAGAAAAACAAAGCAACUAAUUGUGUUAGUUAUCAAAAUACGUCAAACAUGUCUACAAGUGGCAAGAAAUACUCGCGGUCACCGUCAUCAUCAUCAUCCUCCACUUUGUCGAAACCACCCAGUCCUCGAAGAGAGUGCAAUUCGACAACAACCCCUAAGAAAAGGCCCCGUGCCAAUUCGCCCACGAUGGUUCGACAAAAGAGUUUUAGAAAAGAACCAGACCAACAACUCAUCAAGGGAGGAACCAUUGGUAAUAAUGCUUCAAAUAUUACCUCUACAUAUCAUCAUUCUCCUAGUACUAGAACAACCCUAAAAUCACCAUCUCCAAGUCGAAGAUUUGCUUCGAAUUCGAACGGUGAGAACUCGUUUAGAAAAUCAAUUGCUUCAAAAGGAAAUAAUGGGAGUGUGCUAUCAAGAUCAUCUUCUCUAAGAAGAGAGAACAAUCUCACUCCAAAACGUGAAGGAAAAAUGAGAAAUGCUAUUCCAGUUUCUCCAAAGAUUGAUGAAAUGGAAAUUGGAGAAGUGAAGUCAAGUGGUCAAGAUUUGGACUCUUUGCUCAUGGAGGACAUUAAUAAUCCUCUUAUUGCAUUGGAUUGUUUCAUUUUUCUCUAGAGUGGGAUCUCUAUGUACAUUAAUUGUGUUUCGAACGAGAAAAAAAAACUCUUUUUUGUUUACGUUUU